AUGUCUUUCAAGUUGAAUGAUUACAACUCAUUUUUGUCAUCUUUGUAUGAAAAGGAUACUGACAAAAAAGAUAAAUAUCUCGAUUUCGAUUUUGGAUUGAAUCCGGAGUAUCAGAACUUAAACAGCAAUGCUGGUGGUAAUUUGGGAAAUACCAAUAAUCUCAGCAAUUUGAAUAUGGGGAACAUGAAUAUGAACGAUAUUAACAAUAUCGAUAUUGACAUUAAAAAAGAAUUUGUUUCCCCAUCAAUAAGCCCCAUAUUAUCCCCCACUAUCAAUCAAUUUGAUCAGGAAUUUGAUUAUUAUGAUAAGAAGUUCAAUCCCAAUAUGUCCAUAACAUCAACUUCCAAUACCAAUUCGAAUAAUUCAAUAAAUCAAUCCAUGAACAAUGUCAAUUCUGUCAAUACCAGAAACUCAAGGAAUAGCAUCAAUAGAAUGAUUUCUAAUGACAGUGAUGAAGAUGAACCGAAAAGGUGCAAAUCGUCACAUAACGUUAUUGAACAAAGGUAUAGAAAUAAAAUCAAUGAUAAAUUUACAGCUUUACAGAAUUCGGUGCCCACCUUGAGAGUUGUUGCCAAAAGGAAGAAUGACGAUGAAAAGGAAAGGAAUGAUUUCAGUGAGGACGAAAGUGAUAAUGAUCUUGAAGGGUUAGAACCUGCCAGGAAGUUGAACAAAGGUACGAUCCUAGCCAAAUCGAUCGAGUACAUAAAAUUUUUAGAGUUGAAGAACAAUAGAAUGAGAAAUGAAUAUAACCAAUUGAUUGAACAAGCAAAGAUGUUGGGUAUAGCCAUUAAUGAAAAUUUAUGA